AUGGGGGACUGGAACCUGCUGGGCAGCAUCCUAGAAGAGGUCCACAUUCAUUCCACCAUUGUGGGCAAGAUCUGGCUCACCAUCCUCUUCAUCUUCCGCAUGCUGAUCCUGGGAGCGGCUGCUGAAGAUGUGUGGGAUGACGAGCAGUCCGAGUUCGUCUGCAACACGGACCAGCCGGGCUGCAAGGCGGUCUGCUAUGACCGAGCCUUCCCCAUCUCUCUCAUUCGCUUCUGGGUACUACAGGUCAUCUUUGUGUCUGCGCCCUCGCUGGUCUACAUGGGCCAUGCUCUGUACUGCAUCCGAGCACUGGAGAAGGAGCGGCAUCGGCGGCGGGCCCAGCUGAAGGAGGAGCUGGACGAGUCAGAAGUAGCGCUGGAUGAGCACAAACGCAUGGAGAGGGAGCUGAGGAGGCUGGAGGAGCAGAGGAAGGUAAAGAAGGCUCCUCUGAGAGGUUCUCUGCUGAGAACCUACAUCAUCCAUAUCCUGACUCGCUCAGUGGUGGAGGUCUGCUUCAUCCUGGGCCAGUACAUUCUCUAUGGUGUCCAGCUGGAGCCACUGUAUAAGUGUGAGCGGCUGCCGUGCCCCAACAGCGUGGACUGUUACAUCUCCAGGCCCACAGAGAAGACCAUCUUCAUGGUCUUCAUGAUCGUCAUUGCUGGAGUUUCACUUUUCCUGAACAUUCUGGAAAUAUCCCACUUAGGAGUCCGUAAGAUCAAACAGACUCUGUACGGAGAGAGGUACACAGAGGAUGACAGCAUGAUCUGCAGGUCCAAGAAGAGGUCCUUGCAACAGCUGUGCGUCAUGAGCCAUCUAUCACCCCACAACGGGCCUUUGACUCAGACCUUUAAAGUCAUUCAGGACGCAGACAUGAAGCCUCUCCAUUACAGCAGUGGUUUUAAAGUCGGCUAUGAGGCGCAGAGACACAACAGCUUGGCUCCUCCGAGUCAGCCUACCUAUACUGUCCCUCAAGCAAAGAUACCACCAAGGUUUGGAGAGAGCUCUGUGACCCAAAACCUCCAAACCAACAAAGGUUCAGAGGUUCAUCAUUCAGCCUGGACCUCUGUCAUGUCCACGGUGGAAUCCAGUGCACCGAGCCAGAUGGACAUUCACAACGGGGAUCAUCCCCACCACAGCCAUCUGGAGCCUCUGCUGACUGGUGGCACCUUAAGGCCCGGACCUAUCAGAGACCUCAGCGAAGAAGAAAGACGGGAGUCAGCAGGUAGCGAGCCCCUGAUCCCCAACCCCAGGAAGAUCAGUUUCAUAGCCAGGCCGGCAUCCGAAAGCCUGUCCUCUAUGAGCGGCUCCACCAGUCCGUCUUUACACACCUCAGAAGAGUCCGACGAACUGGGCUCGCUGCAGGGAGACAUGCCCAUGAUGCCACCUGCCGGAGGCCGAAGGAUGUCAAUGAGCAUGUUUCUGGACAUCUCCUCCAUCAUGAAGAAGUGA